UGUGUAACCCAGCUCUGUUUGGUUAGCCCAGAAAAGCAAAGAAGUCCUGGGAUAGGCACAGCCGGGACAAGGAUUUGGGCAGCGUGGAACGACGGACAUCCUGGUAAAAAAAGACAAAAAAUCCGGGAUAUUGCUCCCCACGCCGGACGCCACAGCAGCCUGUGAUAUGCCUAGGAAGGAGCUGGGGCUGGGGAUGGCUGGCUGCAACUCUGGCAGCUGUGACAGCAUGGUCAGCACGGCCUCCAACCACUCACACUGUAGUGAUAACAGUUAUGACUACUUAUCUGUGGAAGAGAAAGAGUGUUUGAUGUUCUUAGAAGAAACUAUUGGCUCACUGGAUGCAGAAGCAGACAGCGGGGUCUCUACUGAUGAGACCGACUAUGUGGAGCCUUCCAAGCUGCCUGGGACGUGGCUUAAAAGAGGCUCCAUUCCCCAGGAUUUGGAAAAUGGGGCUCCCCCGCCGAGUUUAGGUCAGCAGCAAGCAGCUGAGCAGAGGAGUAAGAGCAUCUCCACCUUCUCGAGCUCGGCUCCAGCAGCGGUUCCAAGCCCUGGCUUUUACAGCCUUCCAAGGAACGUCUCUGUAGCAAACGCACAAAGAGCAAACGGAGCUUCUGAGAGCAACGUGACUGUCUGCACAGUGGAGGACCCAGUGCCAGGAGGAAAACCUUCACAGGAGAUGGCCAAGGAGGACAGGCCUGGCCAAGCCAACACAAUAAAGCCCCUGGGGUCUUUGAUUAUCCAAUCUCCAGAUCCCUUCCAGGAUGACCUGGUGAGCCAAGAGUGGUCACGUAACAAUCACUCAGAUGCCAACAGGGAAACAGCCAAGCAGACCAAGACUUGGACUUCUUGGGGCCAGCCAGAGAAAUCCACAUUGGAAGAGGCCCCUCAGGACCCAGAUGCCAAGCGGGGGCCUCCAACUGCCCCCAAACCACGAAAAUUGCCACCAAAUAUUAUCCUGAAAACCAGCAAACACAGCCCAGUGCCACUCACAACAGAGCCUGGCCAGAAGGUAAAAGCACCACUUCCAUCCUCGGUUGGCUCUCAGCCCGGCUCUGCCGGCGACGCUGCUGCUGAAAAGACAAAUUUGGGGCACCUCGACCCCAAGGAGAGGGAGAAAGCCCGGCGGGAGGCAUUGGAGAAGCUUGGACUGUCGCAGGGCAGGAGGGAGCCCAGCACCCACCUUCAACCUACCAUGCAUCCCCAACCAAGGGAGACAGCACUCCCCGUCCCUGGGGAGCCCGAGGCAUGCUGCGGGGCGGCAGAGAGGUCAGCGCCGGGUAUCCGGCAGAUGAACUUCAAAUCCAACACCCUGGAGCGCUCUGGCGUGGGGCUGAGCAGCUACAUGACCAGCACCAAGGAGCAGAGCGUCAAGACCAGCAGCUCCCUGGGCAAGAUGUCCUUCAUCGAGCGGCUCGCCCCGAGCUUCCUCCGGAGCAGCCGCCCCCGGCCGGUAUCCCUCGGGGCAGGGAAGGACUUUGCCGGUCUGAAGGAGCCCGGGCAGGUGGAGCAGGAGAAGAGCAGCAAGCGGCAAUCCCACCCGCUGCAGAGCUUCCCCAGGCCGUCCCGCUCCUGCGUCAGCGUGAAGAUUUCCCCCAAGGGCGCAACCGAUGAGAACCGGCGAGAGGCACUGAAGAAGCUCGGUCUGCUGAAGGAAUAGCUCCGUGGGCAACAGGGCUGCUGGAAAAGGGGCUUUUCAUCCCAGAUCCAGGUGCCUUCACUGUCUGUUCUUGGGCAACACAGCCAUAAGCAUCUUCUGCUGUGAUCUGCUCCGGCAUCUCGGGAGGUGUACCAGGAGAGGAAUUCAGAGCUUCGCGCCAAAUAAAGUAACAUCACGUGUACAUAAUAUUUUGUAUAUAGCUAGUGUAUAUGAGCUAUUUAUAUAAAGCAUCACUCAGCAUGUGGAUGGGGCAUAUUCUCCUGCAAGGUCUUUAAUGCAUUUGUGGAUUCGUUGCAGCAGGGAAGCCAUGGAAUUGGGGGUUUGCUGAUUUUAAGAGGGGUUGCCCGUGGACAAAGCCUCUCUGGGAAGAACUGCAGGACUCUGCUGCUUUUUUAGGAUUUUAAGGGGUUUUGUUAACUUUAUCCCAAGCCUGCGAGGCCUGAGCACUCACCUGCCCCAUACAAGCACCUCCCAACUGCCACAUCCAAAACUGCCAGGCUGAUGGGACCCGGGGAGGGGGCUCAGCAAUGAUCCCCCAUGGACGAGUGCUCCUCAUACAGCACCUGCAGGCGAAAGGCUGGACGGCUGCACAGACGUCCCACUGCCUCCUCUGCUAGCCUGCUCUCACAUCGAGCCCUGACACCCCGGGCGCAGCGCUUAGAACACUCCGUAAGACACGCACGCAUCCGCGUUUGGCAUGAAGUGGCUGUUAAGAAGCGACAGGCUGCGUUUCGGUGCCAAAACCAGCAACGCCACCCAAAAUGAGAUGCAAAUCUGAGGCAAGGCCAUUUCACUCCCUUUCAAACUCUUCUCACAUCUUUCAGACCCAGCUGAUGCUGUCAACCUUUAUGCUGCGCACCUUUUAUAGCAAAGGUGGUUUAUUUCUGUAAUAAAUUUGUCCAUUAUCAGAAAA